AUGCCUCCCCGCGAAGAUCUGUCAACCGACGACACACCGCCAACUAUCCACGAGCAACUCUCCACACUCAUUGUUAUUUCCACUGUUAAUCUCCACCGUCUUGAUGCAAUUAUCACACAAAUGACCACCAUCAACACCCUCAUGAUCGGCAUUCAAACCGAAACCAUGGCCAAAAUCAUGUCGCCUCUGCCUUCGCUUCCACCACAGAAUCAACAACGAAGGCCGUCGCCACCGCGAUUGCCAACAACGCUAUCUACACUGCCACUGCCACCGCCACACCGGUCGUUAUCGCCACCACCGUCGCCGCCUCCAAAACCAUUGCAAUUGCCAGUGUCAACACAACACCCACUUCCACCAUUACCGCAACCGCCACCAUCGAAAGUAACAUCCAGGCAAUUCCGACCCGUCACUUUUCAACCGUUCAACCCACAGUUUCCCGCUCUCGUUGUUGUAGGCACCCGUAUGCAGGACCUUGAGGACAAGGUCCAUUUGAAGGACGGAGGAAUUGAUACAUGUUUAAGAUCGUAUUCUAGACCACCCCCAUGGCCUGACCCGUACAAGUCUUGUAGCAGAAAUCUUGAACACACUUUGCAUGAGGAAGACCAAGUCAAUAAAAGUAGUUUUCUCAAGUUAGGACUCACCCACGUUUCAAUUAGCAUACAUGUUUCGUUAUUUCUAGUUAGCAAGUUAUUUCCUUUUCCUAUAAAUGAUAAUCAUCCUUGGCAUGAAUAUUAA